AUGGUGGAAAAUACGUGGCACAAUGCACCAAUUUUUCGGUUAUUUUUGACCACCUUAACCAGGAGUCAGAUCCUAAAUGAUUUCGUUCAAGUUAGUCGGAAGAAAACCCAGAAGAAAUAUCAGAGUCAUAAGAAUUGGCAGUCAGGAAAAAAUAUCUCGACGAUUACCAGCGACGCAAGACUGUCUUAUCGACUCGUUGGCGGAUCGCGUUACCUGGCAGCGGAUUGGACCAUUUUUGUGAUAAAGUGCUGCUCAAAUCGGCCGCGGAAGAAGCUUCAUAUCUCUGUCAGUGCCAUGCCGCUUAGAUCUGAGAUCUCUUCGAGGAACACUUUUAAUGCUCUCACACCGACGGACGAACGACGUCGUAUCGGCAGAUACGUAGCGGGUGGAACAGCCCUGGCAGUUACAUUGCUUGGCCUGCAUCAUGUGCUUCAACGGGGUGCAUUCACUAUAGCCGGGGUGUGCAUACCCACCAUUAUAAUGGCCUCCUACAUCAUCUGGGUUUUGUACUCCGCCCGCAGAGACAGGCGAAAGGCGCUCAGGCUUGCCACGGUUACGCAGCUGACCGAGGUCAUUGUGCCUCCCAGGACGAAUGAGCGCCGUGCCGUGCGCGAGGAUCCUAAGAGCGAGGGCGAAAACCUCCGGAAAAAUUCGUUGAACCUCGACAAAUCGCGAGGACACCGCGAGAACCCCGCUUUCUCCGACAUGGACGAGGUGUGA